AUAUGCAUUCAGCACCAAAUCAACAAUGAAAUUUCACAACUUCUGGUUACUCUUGGUGGCGUCCGCCACCAUCUUCACAGUAGCAGUGGCAUAUAACCGCCCUCCGCCGCGUAAAAAUCUCGUUCUAUCACCGGCCGAUGAUGCUGACUCCACCACUCCACAACAAGUUCAUAUAUCUUUAGUCGGUAAAAAUAGAAUGCGAAUUUCAUGGAUUACCGACGACCAUACUCCGGCCACCGUACACUAUGGCACAUCAUCGGAAAAACACGAAUAUUCCGUUACCGGAACCGUAUCUUCUUAUCAACAUUUAAAUUACACAUCAGGUCAAAUACAUGAUGUAACAAUAGGCCCAUUGGAGCCUAAUACUGAGUAUUAUUACCGUUUUGCCCCUGGUUCAACUGUCUACUCUUUCAAGACUCCUCCCGCCAAAUUUCCAAUCAAAUUUGCUAUUUCAGGUGAUCUUGGACAAACUGGAUGGACACAAUCUACACUUGAACAUGUUUCAAAAUCUAACUAUGAUGUGUUUUUACUACCUGGGGAUUUGUCGUAUGCAGAUACGGUGCAGCCGUUAUGGGACUCGUUCGGCCGCCUGGUGGAGCCGCUAGCCAGCAGGCGGCCAUGGAUGGUCACACAAGGGAACCAUGAUAGCGAGAACAUUACGGCUAACCCGGUUACCUUUAUCGCAUACAAUGCUAGGUGGCGUAUGCCGUUUGAGGACAGUGGUUCGGGUUCUAAUCUGUACUACUCAUUUGAGGUCGCGGGGGUUCAUGUUAUCAUGUUGGGUUCUUAUACCGACUUUCAGCCGGGCUCGAACCAGUACCGAUGGUUAGUGUCGGAUUUGAAGAAGGUUGAUAGGAACAAGACACCGUGGCUGGUGGUGCUUAUUCACGCGCCAUGGUAUAAUUCUAACUAUGCACAUCAAGGUGAAAUACAAUCGGUAGGUAUGAUGGAUGCAAUGGAGGGUUUGCUUUACAAAGCGCGUGUAGAUGUUGUUUUGGCGGGACAUGUUCAUGCUUACGAGCGUUUUAACCGUGUUUACAAUCACGUAGCUAAUAGUUGCGGCCCGGUGCAUAUCACAAUCGGGGAUGGAGGCAACCUCCAUGGUCUAGCUAGCAACUACACGGAACCACAACCAACAAUAUCAGCAUUCAGAGAAGCGAGUUUUGGGCAUGGGCAAUUCGAGGUGGUCAAUGCAAGUUACGCUAAGUGGUCGUGGCAUAGAAAUCAAGACGAUGAAUCAGUUCAAGCGGAUUCGGUGUCUAUUAUAAAUCUUGCUUCCAAUCCGGCUUGUAAUAAGCUAGAAAUAUGAACUCCUUGUCAUAUGUUUAUUUGCCAUUGUUAUCCCAAAAUGGAUGUUGUUGGGCUAUAUAGCGUUGCAGUGUCACAUCUACAAUAAUAUCUUCAUCACCUUGCCAUAUAUGAACGGACCCUUCGUUUUCUGGAAACGGGUUCUCAAUUUCUGUUGGAUCAAAUUCCCAUGUGCCG